AUACUUAUAGAUAUGAAGCAGGGAAUAUAAUUAUGGUGAGUUGUUGAUCAGGGUGAUUGCCUGGGGAAAGAAACUGUUCUUGUGUCUGGCAGUAGAAAAUUACUGGAAAAAAAUCUAUAAUAUUAUAUCGUUUAACGCUUCCAUUGUAUUUUUCUACCUGUUUCUCUAUUAUUUUGUGGCUAUUGUGGCUUCUUGUGUGCUGCUGUAUUGUGUGUGUUUGUUUGUGUGUGUCCUGAUUGUCUGGCAAUUCUCCAACAUUCUCCAGUGACGCAAGUUAUCACUUUAUUCAAUAAUAUUGUAUCCAAACCAGGAAGAAAUACAGAGUUCCUAAUAAACACACCUUAUAAUACAACUCUACAUCUGAUUGGUCAGAAGUCGCUGAUUCAUUUAAUUUUUUUUUUGUUUGUUUGUUUUGUUAUGUUUUCUCAGAUAAGGAGAUUUAUUUAUUUAUUUAACAUCCGUGGAAAGAGUCUCCAGUGUUUUGUGAGACGUUCUUUGAGAUUUCUAACACAGCAAGCUGAAUUUAAUUGUCUUGUUGUGUCCUAAUUAUUGACACCCCUACAAAAUUAUCCAUUCAUCUCCAGUAACUGCUUUAUUCUGAUCAGUCUCCAAAUUUGAGUGAAAUAAGACAUCAAGUUACACUGAGCUGGAGGAGAAGUCUUAAAUCCUCUAUGGGUUUUCACAACAUCUUUAAAAUUACCACGGGAACAGACCGUAUGCUGUUAUUAUCUCCUUGUGAGGGGUGCCAAUAGUUUUUAGCAAACGUGCCUAACCGCCACCAUUACACAGAUAGUCUUAGCCUAUUAGAAUGUGUUAGAAAAUAGUUUGUGUUAAUACUAUGAAUUCAUUGAAAAAUCUCUUGAUUAUUUUGCUGUAAAGGAACACCUCAUCAUCAUCAUCAUCAUCAUCAUCAUCAUCAUUUUUUCAUUGUCGGCUCUAACUUUGACACAUGAUUAUUGGAUUAUUGGUUUAUCUGAUUAUUGUGCUGUGAUGCUUUAGCUAGAACAUGUACACGUGAUGAUGAUACCACGAUAUAAACCAACCUCUAUAUCAAAAACUUUUUUUUUUCUAUAGAAUAUGUACAGUUUUGCUUUGGGAUGACGGAUAAUCAACUGAACGCAAACAUUAAUAUGGCUACUAGUGACCCAGACACUUACAGCGAACCCCAGCCUGGUGACCUGAUAGAGAUCUUUCGAUCGGCCUAUCAGCACUGGGCCUUGUAUCUGGGAGAUGGAUACGUCGUCAACCUUACACCAGUCGAUGAGAGCCAAGCAGCCGCCAGGUCCAGCGUGAAGUCAGUGUUCACUCGGAAGGCUGUGGUGCGAAUGCAGCUCCUGAAGGACGUUGUGGGGGAAGAUACGUUUCGUGUUAACAAUAAAUACGACAGCAGUCACACGCCUUUGCCUGUGUCUGAGAUUAUUGAGCAAGCACAGCUACUGAUUGGUCAGGAGGUGUCAUAUGACCUGUUGGGCAGCAACUGCGAGCACUUUGUCACCCUGCUGCGAUAUGGCAAGGGUGUAUCUGAGCAGGCAACGCGUGCUAUCGGGGCGAUAGGUUUGGUGACCGCAGCAGCGAGUGCCUUUUCUAUGCUUGGCCUCAUCAACACUCGCAACAGGAACAGACCUUCCUGACAUCAGUGCGACUCACAAAUUCAAGCUUUUAAUUUAAUGCACACAUAUCAUUUUUUAAUUCUAUGCACAUACACAUUAUAUGCAACCAGAGCUACUUAGUUUGUGCUGAUUUAGCUUUUGUUCUUUGACACCGGGUGAAGAUUGUUUUAUUGAUAUCUAAAAACAUAUUUAUAUUAUGAGAAGUGUUGCUGAAGAACAAAUGAAUUAAAUACAUUUCUCACACCUGUAAUUUCAGACAUCUUUUCCCCCAAUGCAUUGCUUAAGGUCACCAUUUUAAUCCCAGGGAAACCCCGUAACAUCUGGACACAUUAAAAUGUGCUUUACUGCAAUAUC